AUGAGCGCUUCGGACGUUCCGAUGGUGAAGAAGCCAGUUGCCAAGCAUUUUGGGGAAGCUGCGUCGACGAUCUUCCCGACAACUUCUGAUGUAAGUCUCAGUUCCGAUAGCGAACGGAUCCGGGCUGACAUGGUGAGAUCUCAUUUGUCCCGUCGUCGGCUGAAGACUGCGCCUAUGCCUUUAUCUUCGGCUACAAAUCCCAUGCCGAAAGCUUCUACCCCACAGUCUCUUGACUAG